GUGCUUCCCAGGGAGCGCCAUCGUCACACUAGUGGGCUGGGCGGUUUCGAUGUUCCCUUUGGUUUCCUUCCCCGAGGUCUCGAGAAAUAGCCAAUGGUGUUUGACGUAAACCCGGAAAAACUGAAAAGCCCGCUUGGAUUCAAUUUUGAAAGGCAAGACAGUCUCCAGCAGCCAUGAGCUUCGCCCCGAGCCCACACCCGUCCGGCCUCACCGGUGCCCGCAGCAUCCAGGAGCAGAGGGAGCGCUGGGAGAAGAAGAGGAGCUGCGCCGGCCGGGAGCUCGUCCAGACUGAGCAGCGCUACUGUGAGCAACUGGAGCUGGUCACCACGUACUUUGUGGAGAUUUUGAAGGCCAAAGGAACCCUGAGGCAGGACAUUAGAGAGAGCAUCUUCAGUUCAAUUAAAUCCAUUCAUUUGGUAAACCAGACAUUGCUGGCCCAUUUGGAGCAGGGGAAAUGUGGUCUUGGCUUUGAGCAGUUCUGCUCACACCUACAACAUUACGACACCUAUGUUGACAACAUUCAGAAUGCAAACAAAGUCCUACAGAUUCAAGUCAAGAAGAACAAAGCCUUCAGGCGCUUCAAGAAGCUCCAGGAAUCGCGGCCGGAGUUCCACCAGAUGAAACUGGAGGAUCUGCUUCCUCUGCCCCUCCAGCGCAUUCAGCAGUACAAGCACUUCCUGCGAGACUUGACAGAGAACACAAGUCCAGACAACCCUGAGUUUCAGCAGCUUUCAAGGGCGAUGAGGGCGGUCUCCGAGGUGUGCCAGCGUGUCCAGGACAACGCCCGGAGCCACGAGAACCACCUGCAGCUGCGGCGAGUGCAGAAGAUGCUGAAGGGACGCAAGGCUCGGCUGCUGGCUCCAGGAAGGUGGUAUAUCCGCGAGGGCUGGCUGAAAACCGUGCCCCCUAAAGGCACCGAGACUAAGCCCAAGAUGUUCUUCCUGUUCUCCGACAUCCUGCUGCUGACCAAGCCCUGCAGCUCCCUGCAUCCCACCAGCUCAAACAAGUUUGAAUGCCAACGCUGCUACCCCCUCAAGGAGUGCACCGUGGACAAGGUGUUUGGCCAUACCAAGAGCCAAGGGGGGCUGAUCAGUCUGACCUUCUCCAAAGCCAAACUCCUGCUGAUGUCCAGUGAUCAGGAGGAUAUCAACGACUGGUAUCGCAGCCUGUCGCUAGCCGUUGGGCAGCUGAAGUCUAAGGCCACUGUGGUGCACCGGCGAGAUGACCUGUGCAGGAGGCCCCUGAGAUCCUCUGAGGAGACCCAGCAAACGGCCCCCAGCACUCCCCUGGCUCCAGCCCACGAGAACCUUCAGACCACAGCAAGCAACGAGCCUCACGGCAGGAAGAGGAACAUGGUGCCCAGCGAGGGGAGCAGAGGCAGUCAGGUCCUCGCCAGCUCUCAGAUCACACACUCCGAGAUGGUCUCCAGCGCCCCCAAGAGGAUGAAACUCUCCGAUGCUCCCAGGGCAGGGUCUCAGGAGGCCUCAGGUUCCAGCUGUGUGAUCCUGUGACGAGGUGAAAGCCAGAGCUUGGGCACUACACAGAGAUGCCUAAUCAGGGUAUGGAGUCAAGCCAAAUGGGCUCCUCAGAGCCUUAAAAUAUGCCUAGAUGGAAUCCUUAUAUUUUAUUAUAUUUUUAUAGUAGCUUUACUAUACCGGUAUACCAAAGAUGGGAAUAGGGUGGUAUGCUAAGGAGAAUAGUGUUACAGAAUGAUUUGCUUUCUCCUGAUGUUAAAAUGCAUCUGCUGAUUCCACCACCAGCAGGACUAGCAUGUGAAGGGAGGCCUAGAUGACGUCAUAUUCCAGACGUCAUGUGCAAAAUAUUUUGGUCAACACAAAUGUAUUCACACAAAUGUCUCUAACACUACUUUUUAAAUUCCAUUUAUAAAGCCGCACUGCUUUUUUAAAAGCUGUAUUUAUAAACAUCAUGUGCUAACUACUAACAAAAUGCUUGCAAAUACUACUUUUUAGAAUAGUAACAUUUCUGUGGGGUUUGGGGAUGAGGAGAUGUGUGCAAUAGCAGAAUGGUGUGUGUGGUAGCAAGUGUGCACCGUGUACACUGUGUGUAAAGGAACUACUGAAAUUACUGAGUCACUCCCCAUGAAAUACGAUGCCUUUGUAACCACUGGACCAAAUCUUAUGGUAUUUAUACUCAACAUAAUAUAUCACAAUGAUUGUAUGUUGCAAUAUCUUCAUUUAUGUGCAAACAAAUUCCAUUUAAUCUAUUUUGUUGAUUGGUACCAAUUAUUUUUCAGCUGAGCCUACAUUUGCUAAAUUGCACUGGGGUUCAGUUGUUUUAAGUGUAAUGGGGUUAUGAAUCUACAGGUGCCUUUUUAUAAAAAUGUUGUCUCAUUUACCUUGGACUUAUUGCUGAAGAACUGUUACUCUGAAAAGCAAUAAAUUCAGCUUUACUCUC